CGAGAGUCUCGUUUCGGGUAGGGUUUUAGCUGAUUUUCCUAAACACUUAUUGUCUAGGGUUUUUCACUUCAAAAUUGGAACUCUUAUCAUCAAUAUCUAAUCGCGGAGAUAAAUUAAAUUGAAAAAUUGAACUCGAGAACUGAAAUAACAAUGAAAGUAAAAGUAAUAUCACGAUCAACUGACGAAUUCACUCGAGAACGAAGCCAAGAUCUUCAGAGAGUGUUUCACAAUUUCGACCCCAGUCUACGGCCUCAAGAAAAAGCUAUCGAAUAUGUCCGUGCACUUAACGCCACCAAAUUGGAUAAGAUAUUUGCAAGGCCAUUUAUUGGAGCAAUGGAUGGUCAUAUUGAUGCUGUUUCGUGUAUGGCAAAGAAUCCAAAUUACUUGAAAGGGAUAUUUUCUGGUUCUAUGGAUGGAGAUAUUCGCCUUUGGGAUAUUGCUUCCAGGCGAACUGUCUGUCAGUUUCCUGGUCAUCAAGGUGCUGUGCGAGGUUUGACAGCCUCUACAGAUGGGCGGACGCUAAUAUCCUGUGGAACCGAUUGCACUGUGAGGCUUUGGAAUGUCCCAGUGGCUUCCAUUAUGGAAUCAGACAGCACCUCUAACAGUUCAGCCGAGCCAAAGGCAGUCUAUGUUGGGAAGAAUGCAUUUUGGGGUGUUGAUCACCAAUGGGAUGGUGAGCUCUUUGCCACAGCUGGUGCUCAAGUAGAUAUUUGGAAUCACAAUAGGUCUCAGCCAGUGAAUAGUUUUGAGUGGGGAACGGACACAGUUAUAUCUGUUCGAUUUAAUCCUGGGGAACCGAACCUUUUGGCAACGACUGCAAGUGACCGUAGCAUAACAUUGUAUGAUUUGCGUGUAUCAACUCCUGCAAGGAAACUUAUCAUGCUGACAAAAACCAAUUCCAUUGCAUGGAACCCAAUGGAGCCAAUGAACUUCACAGCUGCAAAUGAAGAUUGUAAUUGCUAUAGUUAUGAUGCUAGAAAAUUGGAUGAAGCUAAGUGUGUGCACAAAGAUCAUGUUUCUGCGGUGAUGGAUAUUGACUACUCUCCUACUGGCCGAGAAUUUGUAACAGGAUCUUAUGAUAGAACUGUUAGGAUCUUCCAGUACAAUGGCGGUCAUAGCAGGGAAAUUUAUCAUACAAAAAGAAUGCAAAGGGUAUUCUGUGUCAAGUUCACCUGUGAUGCUAGUUAUAUUAUUUCAGGGAGUGAUGACACCAACCUGAGGCUAUGGAAAACGAAAGCAUCAGAGCAAUUGGGAGUACUAUUGCCAAGGGAAAAAAGAAAGCAUGAAUAUCAUGAAGCUCUCAAGAAACGCUAUAAGCAUCUUCCAGAGGUCAAACGUAUUAUCAGGCAUAGACACUUACCAAAACCCAUAUUCAAAGCUGCUGCCCUCAGACGCACAAUGACUGAGGCUUCACGGAGGAAAGAAGAAAGAAGGAAGGCUCAUAGUGCUCCUGGAAGUAUUGUCACUAAACCAUUGCGCAAGAAGAGAAUCAUCAAAGAAGUUGAGUGAGUUAAGCAUGUUAUCGGAUGCAUUUUUACGGGCUGUGCAUUUUAGAAUAUUUGACCUUGUGUCGUUAAGUUUACUAGUCUUUAAGAGGCAGUGUCCUGGCAUCAAGGUCUCUAGGUCAUUCCACCACAAUGUAGUCCAACAUGAGUGAAUCAGGAGAUCUCUGGAGGAUCAGGGUUAUAAGUUAAUCAUUUUGUUACAGUUUUUGAUAGGCCAAAACUUUCUGAUGCAUUGUAAUUCAAAUGUUAAUUAUAAUCAAUUUUGAAUUUUUUUUACCCGAUUU